UUGAAUUAAUGUGCGGAUCUGCCGAGCUCAGAAAUCAGAAAGUGAGGAAUUUUGGCUCUAUGUAGAUAUUCGGCUUUAUUGAAAUUUCAGCCUGCCAAGUGAAUCAUUGUUGUAUAGAUUCUCAGAUGAUAACGCACCAGAUGAAAUGAUGGAUACGGUAUAUAAUAAAACACGAGUUCAGUGCCAAAUUAGAUUCUAAUCGCGAAACUCUUCUCGUGAUUUUUUUAUCGUAUAGUGAAUCAACAAAGAGUGCCUUCUUUUUUUUAACCUGGAAUACAAAUCUCAACACAUCUUUCAUCAUAACUAUUAUAUUUAUUAUGAAAUUUCGGAAAUAAUAAAUAGCAGCACGUGCCCUAGUUUUAUUUGCUGCUUCAAAAAUAUAUAUCGUAUCAACUAAAAUUGUAUGGAAUUAGAGACCCGACGUUCUGAGGGAAAAUAAUACAUAUGUACGUAAAUGUAGUUAUUUACCAUCAGUGUUACUUACAUUGUUGCUAUAUGCACCUCAUGUGAGAGUAUAUAAUAUUGUAACUGUCAUGGAUAGCGGUCAUAAGGAGAAAUCGUCGAGGCCGGGAAGCUGCCUCCGACCAGGUAUCCAGGAGUCCGACACCGGCGAUAGCGGCGAAGAGUCGGAGCCGACCUACCGGCAUUAUGACAAUUUCGAAACUGACGUAUGUCUCACACAGGAUGAAGACGACGAUAUGGACGUUGCCUCGAGCAUUAUCCCAAAUGUCGUUCAUGAUGUUGGGAAAAAUUUGGACGCCGUCGGAAGCGGCUCGCCGGCGACUAGUGUAAGAAGCAAGCUUCUUAACGGUGGGACCAACCGCGAUCCAUUCCCGACGAAGCCGCCGGGAGUUUUGGAUCCCGGGGCUAAAUCUGCUCGGGGUGUCAGCAGCGAUUCGGACAGCUGCACCGAGAGCGAACAGACGACAGUGCCGGACGCGGCGACAGACGACACGACAACCGCAACCAGUACAUCGGAGUCCGAGGAAACCCAGAUCUGGGUUCCAGUAAGCAAGCGGUCGUCGGCGCGCCAACUAGCGGACACCACAACUCCGCCUGCAAGCGGUACCUCGUCGAACGGAAGUGAUGGUAGUCGCCCGCAGAGCUAUUUGCAGAAGGCAAGCAGUCCAGGUCCGCUUGGUACCGGCAGUCUCCCGUACAUCGCCAGCGCGGCGCUUGAGAGGGUCUCCGGCCGGAAAGGAUCGCGCUCGGGACGGGCGGGCUCCAGUGACUGCGCAAGGCGGGACUCGAGGGACUCGUGGCAUACUUUACAGGCGAACCUACAGGUAGAUAAUUAG